CAUAGAUUGGUGGUAUAGUUCAAUGUUAUAUCCUAGGCUAAUAACAUUGCCUUUACGAUUCGAGAUGAAAAGUAAGCAAACGCAUACUUUGGUCGCUAUGUCUCUGGAUGAAGAACCAACGAUAGCUGAAUACUUUUCUGAACAUGAACGUUAUAGAUGUGGCUACUGUGGCUCACAAGAUACAAACUAUUCCCAUGGGAUGUGGGCCCAUCAGAUGACAGUUCAAGAUUACCAGGAUCUGAUUGACAGGGGGUGGAGAAGGAGUGGCAAAUACUGUUACAAGCCCACCAUGAACGUCACUUGCUGCCCCCAGUACACGAUCCGGUGUGACGCCCUGAACUUCAAGUUAAACAAGUCACACAAAAAGCUGAUUAAACGGGUCAACAGGUAUCUCAUCACAGGGGUCAAAGGUGCUCAUGAUGUCACAGGGAGGAAACAGGAAGAUGGGAGUGGGGACGAGCAGGGUGGCCACAAGGGGGUGGAGGUCUCACUAGCAGAGAAGGCCAAACCCAGUGAGAUGGUCAUGCCAAACAACUUCACAAAAAUGGGCGAGGCAGCAGACACAAGCAAAAGCAACACAUCCGUGGCCUCAGAUACAGUGGAAGGUUCAUCAUCAGCACACUCUAAAGUUUCAUCUUAUAGUAGCAAAAGUAUUCGCAGCUGUACAUCUACGGAGAAACACAUUCCUAGACCAGGGACUGGGCCAGACCCCAACAAACCAAGGUGUAGGAAAGCUAAAGAUAUCAGGGCGGAGAAGAGAUCUCACAAGGAUAGACAGAAAGAUGAGGAUGUCAAGAAUGAGGGGAAGAAACAUCGCCAGGAAAAGAGCCUGGAAGAGUUGCUCAGUGAGCCAGACAAGGUGGAGCACCCUGCUCAUAAACUGGAGCUGCGUACUGUCAGGUCGUGGCCGGCCAGUGCCAGGUUUGAGAGCAGCCUCCAACAGAGCCACAGUGUGUACCACAGGUACCAGACCAGCAUACACAAGGACCCGCCCAGCAAGCCCAACAUGGGCCAGUACCAGCGCUUCCUCUGUGACUCCCCCCUCCUGGAGAAACACGAGCCCACAGGGCCACCCGAGGGCUAUGGCUCCUUCCACCAGCACUACCUGCUGGACGGCAAGCUGAUAGCUGUUGGUGUCAUCGACAUCCUCCCCGCCUGCGUCUCCUCCGUCUACCUGUACUACGACCCUGACUAUAGUUUUCUUGGCCUGGGCGUCUACUCUGCUUUAAGAGAGCUGGCGUUGGUGAGAAGCUUGAACCACUAUGCCCCCAACUUGAAGUACUACUACAUGGGCUUCUACAUCCACUCCUGUCCCAAGAUGCGCUACAAGGGUCAGUUUGUUCCCUCCUACCUGGCCUGUCCAGAGACUUACCAGUGGGUGCCAAUAGAAACAUGUCGACCCAAACUUGAUGCCAGCAAAUAUUCCAGGUUGUCAGAGGAAGGUCUUGAGGACAAAAAUAAAGACAUUGAUGUGGACCAGGUUUUGGUCUUACAUAAAGGAACCAUGCUGCCAUACUCAUUUUACAAGUCCAAGAAGUCACGAGGCUCUGACGAGGAUGAAGUGAAGGAGUACGCCACGUAUGUAGGCAAGACUUGUGCCCAGCGGAUGCUGCUCGUACGCAAAUAAUGAACAUUUUUUGUAGAUGCGUUUGUGUAUUUUAUCAUUAAUAUAUAUAUCUAAUUCUGCGAACUAGGAUCAGCACAGUUUUUGUAUUAGCUUUCAGCACUGCUUGUUAAGCUUUGUAAGAUUUGACUUGGCUGGCCGGAAGCUUUUGGUCCUGGCCACAUCAGCCUCACUGGCAUGUGCUGGAACAUGUUGAGUGCAGUAGAUUUGAAACUAUAAAUGCGUUGUUUUUUUGCAGUGUAGCUGUCUUGCUGCUGUAUCUGUGAUAUUGAUAAAAUUGUAAAGAUCACCAGGAAAAGGGUUGUUUGGUGUUAUCUCUCAGGCCUUAAAAUAUAAUAAUACAACAGUUAUGUGGUUUGUAUUUGCCUUUAGUUUGUGCCAUGAAGUUGGCUGUGUAAGUAUUGUUUUGGUCAUCUCACAGUGUAAGUUCACAUGUUGAGCCUUGUCUUGCUGACAGUGAUCACUCACAUUUAGUGGCACUAUAGGUUUUUACUUCUCUUGUUGUUCUUUACCCUCAGAUUUAGGUUUAAAAUGAUGUGGAACUAUUCUAAGUCUAUUUUAUUAAUACAUUAGAUAUUUAAACAUUAUAGGCCAAAUUUUAAAAAAAUCUUGCUCAAUUACUAUUUGUUUGGGUAAAAAUGAUUAUUUUGAAUGUAGCUUUAGUAUGCAUAAGUGUUUUGAAUGUACCAUCACUAUGUACAAUCCAAGAUUUUAAAAUUGCUUCAGUAUGUAUUAGUAAAUGUUUUUUAAGUGCACCAUGUUCCUGUUUGUUAGAAGUGUUUUUUUAAUGAACACUUGAUCAAAUCAUUUGUCCAACUAUGCCAGUCAGAAAUUGGAUGUAAUAAGCAGCUGUUUUCAUCAACUAGCACUAGAAAUAUUUGAAUUAUUUGUAUUUUUGCUCUACUUGUUUAGAUCUGAACCUUGCUGGAAUUGUUAGAUCAUUACAUACUAAUCUCACACACUUAGAA